UUACAUUUGCAGUUCAUUUUUCUGGCGCUCCUCCUCGAAGCUUGCUUCCACCUCUGGUCGUACCGUUUCCUCUUCUCGCCUUCCGCCGUGAUCGGCGAUGGAGCCGAGUUCUCUGUUGCAGCGGUACCGCCGUGACCGGCAGAAACUUCUCGGCUUCUUGCUGUCGUCGCGUUUUAUCAGAGAGCUCAGAACUCCGGCCGGUCCUCUCACCAAUCUCUCCGCCGUCGACCUUGACGCUCUCAGCGCUACCUAUGUUUUGGAGUGCAUUAAAUCUGGUGGAGUUAUUGACAUUUCCACAGCAGCUAAGAAGAAGCUUCAUGAAUCUUCUUACCCGAUUAUGAUACAAUCUCGACUACGGACUUCUUAUUUUCUGCUUUCUCAUCCAGAUUUGUCUGGAUCACCUCCUAACCGUGCACCACCACCUACAAUGGUGGAAAGAUCCUCUAGUGACAUAUCGUGUUCAAAUAGGCCGCUUGAGUCUUCAAUGGAUGACAAUGUUACAAUCUCUAGUGAUGAAUGUGGUCCUCAAUCUAAAGGAACAACAGCUACACCUUCGAAACCUGUGAAGGAUCUUGAAGUUCUGGCUUUAGGAUUACCUAAGUUGUAUACAGGAUUGACAGAUGAUGACUUGGAUGAAGUAGCAUAUGAAAUAUUGCUUGCAUCAAUGGCAUUUUCGGGGGUCGAAAUCUGUUCAUCUGAGGAUAAAAAGAAAGAAAAUGGUAUUAAACAUAUUGCAGGGAUGACAAGUAAAAGGGAUGAAGUAGGCGUUCGGUCAGAGAAUUUUGAAAGACAUUUGAAUUUGCUUCAUGCUGUCCGCACUCAGAUGCAGAUUUCAGCAGUUAAUGAUGCAUGCAUGAGGAAAAGGUUAAUGGGAUUGGCUGCAAGGAGAAACUGGGGGCAAAUUAAUGUUCCUCAAAUAUUGCUGGCCCUUUUGCAUGGAGUUUUCAGGUCUGAUUUUCCUAGUGAGAAAGCUUAUAUGCAAUGGAAGCUCAGACAGGCCAAUAUUUUGGAAGAAUUAUGUUUCUCUGCUGAUCUUGUGGCAUCCGAACAUCGAAUAUGUGAAAGUUCUCUUCUGAAGAUCAGAAGUACAAAGGAAUGGGAUAUCAAUAUGGUUUCAUCUGAGCGUGCUAAAGUAUUGUCAGGUAUCGGGCAAGUACUGUCAAAGUUGUCAGCUCUUGCUGGUUAUCACUUAAACAUCAGGUUAUAUGAGAAAUUGCUUUUAGGUGUACUUGAUGUUCUUGACGACAGCCAUCUCAUUACGGAAGUUGAUGACGUUCUCGUCCUUGUCAAAUUGACUUGGCCUGCUUUAGGCAUCACUCCAGAAGUACACAACAUGAUACAUGGGUGGAUCCUUUUCCGGCAGUUUGUCAAGACAGAUGAAGCUCCAUUCUUGGACGAUGCGAUUCUUGAGUUAGAGAAAGUUUCUUCAUCUAAAGAUGAUGGUGUGAGAGAGGAACAAUAUUUAAAAAGCCUAUCAUGUUCAAUAUCAUGUAAUGGCAAUGAAAUGAAGUUAAGUUUGGUGGAGGCCAUCUUCUUCUUAAUUAGCAGUUGGUGUGACAUUAAACUACAAGACUACCAUUUGCAUUUCCGCGAGAAACCUUCUUACUUUGGAAAAGUGGUGAGCCUGUUGUCCACCGUUGGAGUUGUUACUUCUUAUGAUUGCAAUACUAUAAAGUUAAAAAGAUUGGAUGAUUUGAAAGAGACUGGAGCUAGAAAACUCAGAACCUAUGUCGAGAGGUCCAUAGAAGCUGCUUACAAAGAGGCAGAAAAUAAUGUACAUUCUCAAUCCGGAGAGAGAGUACAUUCUCUGGCUCUGCUUGCAAAUAGACUACGAUUGGUUGCUGAGAACGAAAUUACUGUAUUCUUCCCAGCGUUGCGUCAGUUAUGUCCUGAUUCUGGGAUAAUUGCAGCCAUGCUACUGCACCAGUAUUAUGGAGAAAGAUUGAAGCCAUUCCUUAAGGAAGUAUCGAAUCUUUCUGAUGAUGUAAGGUCAGUGCUUCCAGCUGCUUAUUUCUUAGAUCGUGACCUAACUCAUCUAUUUACCUCUGCUUCCAAAGAAAGUAGAUUAAGUUCCCUUCUCAAGGAAGACCUUGACCAUUAUCCGAUUGUACAAAUUGCUAAGCCUAUAAUUCUUGACUGGAUGAUCGAUCAACUGGAACAAACCUCAGAAUGGACUGGACGUGCUUUCAAGUUAGAGGAUUGGGAGCCGAUAUCAUUUCAGCAAAAUCUGGCAGCAUCAGUUAUUGAAGUUUUUAGAAUUAUUGAGGAGACUGUUGAUCAGUUUUUUGACCUGAACCUUCCGAUGGACAUCACACAUUUGCAAGCUCUCCUGUCAAUUAUCUACCACAGCUUGGAUGGCUAUUUAUCGGGUCUGCUCAACCAGUUAGUUGAGAAGAAUUGUUUAUAUUCACCAGUACCUCUGUUGACUCGUUUUAUGGAGACAGUUGCAAUAGGAAGGAAAAAGUUACCUGAAUGUCAUUUUGACGAGAAUGUGAGCAGCAAAUUGAAUGGCUUGACAAUAUCUAAGCUUUGUGUAAAAUUGAAUUCUCUUGGUUAUAUUCAAAAACAAAUUGGAAUACUGGAGGAUGGAAUUAUAAAAUCUUGGACACUUCUUGGAGGAUCUGCUAAACAUAAACGGGCCCAAAAGGUUUACACAACUGCAAAUGGUGGUAUUGGUAACUGUAGUGAAGAAGCUAAUGAAUUGUUUGCCACCACUUUCAACAACAUUAAGAGUUUUGCCGCAAAGGUUAUCAGCAAGUUCUGUGACUUUACUGGCAUAAGAGUCAUUUUUUGGGAUCUCAAAGAUGAAUUCCUCUCUUAUUUGUAUCGUGGUAAUGUUGAGGUGGCUCGAUUAGAAGGCAUUCUUGUGCAUCUUGAUACUGUCCUCAACAAUGUAUGUGGCAAGAUCGAUGAUACUCUUAGGGACCUUGUGGUAUUAAGCAUCUGUCGAGCAUCAAUGGAAGCUUUCAUAUGGGUGAUGCUUAAUGGAGGUCCUUCACGUGCAUUUUCUGAUGCAGAUAUUGUUCUCGUCCGGGAAGAUCUUGGUAUAUUGAAGGACUUUUUUGUGGCUGAUGGAGAAGGUCUUCCCCGUACUCUAGUUGAGAAGGAAGCAAAAUUCGCUGAAGAAAUAUUGGGCUUAUAUUCCCUUCCGACUGAAACCAUUGUCCAAUUGCUGAUGGGCACAAGUGGGCAAAAUCCAACGGAAUUGGAUCCAUGUAGUAAUAAUGGCAAUUUUAAAUUUAGCGAUUCCCAGGCAUUGGUACGAGUCUUAUGCCACAAAAAAGAUACGGAAGCUUCUGCAUUUCUAAAGCAGAAAUAUAAUCUCCCUGCUUCUUCAGAUUACGACGAUACCCCAUUGAAAAGCUCAAUUGUGAGAUGACAUUUGAUUUGUGAUACAUUGAAAGCAAAGCUCUUACAUAUCGAAAAAUUCAUCGACUUAGCCAUUUCAGCGGGGAUAAAGGUAUAAGUGCUGUCCUCACGCUUGGCUAGAAAGAAAGAGAAGGGAAGAAAAUAGAGUUCGGUCACACAUGGCAAGACUUUAACUUGCUAAAAGCAAGUUUUGAUUGAUGAUCAAAUCAAAGAGUAGAGUUUUGUCCUUUUAAAUAUACUAGUCUAUUAUCAUGUAUAAUGUACAUAAUAUAUUUCAUUAUAUUUCAUUUUAUAAUAAAAUUAGUUUGCAAUUGCAUA